UUUCUGCUCGCUCCCCUGAGCUUGGGGCCAUGAGGGACUUCUGGAAGCAUUUCAACGUUGGCUUGCAGAGUGCAUCUUGAAAUUCCACAAGAAUUGUUCUACUGAAAGUUUGACACAAAUACAUGGUCCCUGUUAGGAAGAACAGAAUCAAGAUGUUGAGAUUCACUUUUUAAAUUUGAAAUAGAUUUCAGAAAGAGCCUUACUUCUGGUUGAGUAAGAGAAGGCUUGCAGGCUGACAUGAGCAUGAGGGAGUCCUUGAGGUGGGCAAAGCCUCAGUGGAUCAAGGGGCAGAUACUGCUGUGCACUCUGUUGUACUCUGCUUACCUGGGAGCCAGGUUGGUGGAGUGACCUCCAACGUCCCUUCCUCACCCUCCUCCCAAGUCUCUGGUUCUUGCUGAACAACUCCCAGGGAGCCUCAAAUCCUGCAAUAAACCUUCUGUCCAGCAAAUCUGUGAGUGCUCCCAUCUUGCAAGCAAAAGAAAUAGGUAAAAGCCUUUACAUGUCGAUGACUUAAAGGAUUUCAAUUGCUUUUUUUUCAGCCUCACUGGCAGUGGAAGAUCAAUUGCUGUGAUCAGGAGAAAUAGGACUGACAAAGCUGGUAUAAAUCCUUUCAUGGGCAAGACUGUUGUAAGAGAUGGGUCCCCUGAAAUGCUGUGUCUCCUGGAGCAGUGGGAGUACAGCAUGCCUUCCAAGCCAGAAGCUGAGUUUUUACUUUGGUAAGGUCGCAGAUAAAGGCAGACCUUGAAGUGAGCUCUGCUUUCCUUUCAGGGGCAAAUAAGAUAAGAGAGGGUGGAGGUGGCAGAGGCUUUUGUUUCAUGAUGAUUCCCGAGACUGGAAUUUAAACAAUCUGGAAACACUUUCAGAUACUGCAGAGUUCAGUUAAUGAUGGUUAAGACUGUAUAAUCUUGUUCUCUUCAGACAGCAUGGCUUGUCUUUGCUGCCUGAGAGGCCCUCAAAUGGGGACAGACUUUGGCAGUGGGAUAUCUGCUGGGUGGAACUAUACUGCCAUCAAGCUGGUUCUGAGGAGUAUUUAUCCUUUUGGUCCCCUUCCCUUGAAAACCUGAAGGUUUUUGAGAAAAAAAGUGGAUGUUGCACUGAGGGACAUUGUUAGUGGGCAUGGUGGGGAUGGGUUGGUGCUUGGAUGAUCUUAGUGGUUUUUUCCAGCCUUGAUUCUGUGCAAGUGGGUGGGAUGCUUUGCCCACAGAUUAAAAACCCCAUCGAUCUGAUGGACAGAAGACAGCUGCCAAGCUGUACAAAGUGAGACCUGGGAAUUCUCUGCCUGUCUUCAAUCAUUCCAGUUAUGGACUUGGAGCUGCAGCAAGCAUAUGGAUCUGCAGGGAGAGGCCCCAGUGUGGGUGCAUGAAUGCCUCUCUCUGCCUGGCUUGCUGUGGUUGCGUGGUUUUCAGUCUCCAGCCAUGCCUGAGGAUUUUUGCUGGCUUCUCUGCUCUGCUGCCUCCCUCCAGUGGCUGUGCUCUGGCUCUCCUGCUCCAGGUCCUGGUGCACAGCAAAGCCCAGAGCUGUCAGCUGCUCCCACCAGCAUCACUGGGGCUGGUGGUGGGCACUGCUGUCCUGGGGACAUGGAAAUGGUCCGGCUCUGUGCAGAACCUGGGGGCAUCUGAGGGUUUUGUGCCCCAUUUCCAGGGCAUCAGGUGCACGGGUUUUCAAGACUCUUUCUUCACAGAGUGCGGUCAGGCAUUGGAAUGUGCUGCCCACAGAAAUGGUGAAGUUCCCAUUGGAGAUAUUUAAGGUACAAGUUGACAAUGCACUGAGGGAUGUGGUGCAGUGUCGGGACUCAGUGAGUCAGGCUGAUGGUUUGAGUCAUCGAUCCUGAAGGUCCUUUCCAAUCCAAAUGAGUUUGAUUCUAUGAAUCAAUGGCUUCCUUGGCCUGAGCCAUUUUCCUCCCCCAGCCUCUUCCUCUUCUGACCCUUUUACUGCUUCCUCUUAUCAUUUCAUCACUCUGCUUCCCUCCAUCUUUCUGUUCUUCUUCCCAAAUUCUCUUCUGUUUUCUCUCCCCUUUGCACAUCAACCACACAUAGCUCAGGAGCAAUCCUCCUGCUUUUUGUUUUUCUUUGCUUUUCAUUUUUUUCCCUUUGCUCUGGCUGGGUUUCCCUACUGUGAUCCAUUCCCUGCUCCACCCCAUGUGGGUUCCCAUUGCCAUUCCCACUCUUAGGCAUGGAGAGGUCCCUCUCUCAGCGUGCAGGGAGCAGGGCACUGUGUUUAUCAUCACUCCACGUUCAUCUAAGCACUCAUGCAUGUGAUGCAUCCCGUGCGAUGGCAUCUUUCUGAGAACUGUAAUUCUGAGCCUUGGUUCCAGAUUUUAAAAUACUCAAUCUACAAAGGUCUCUGCGUUUCCUGCUUGCUCUUGCGAAAGCUCUUGAGAUUUCAAGAGAUUUCAAGAGAUUUCAAGAGAUUAUCUCAGCCAGUUGCUCAUGUUCUCAUGGUAAGUAACUCCAUGUCUUGCUUGCUUCUUUAUUGGGGUCUUCCCUGGUUCUGGCUCGUGCCUGUGUGCCCCUUCUUUGUCUGACCCCUCCAAGCUCAGGUGUGAGAUGGAGGCAGCAUUCUGAACGCCUCCACUUCCUCCAGGUCACAACUUUGUGGUUCUUCCUCCUGGUUAAGCAACAAGCCAAACCUUCUCUUUGCCUUCCUCUUGUUUUUGAUGCAGUUACACAAGCAGAGAACCUUUUGCAGUCUUCCUCGGUUUUAACUCAUUUUGUGCCUUUACAAUUUAGCAUCCAUCAGACCCGGUCACUUUUUAAGUACCACCUCCUGAGAGCACAGGAACACGAGGUUCCAAAAUGUAGGAGGCCAAGCAAGUGAGCAGAAGGCCAGCAUUCAUGCCAGGGUACUAAGAUGUCCUUGCAGGACCUCUCUCAGUUAUUUUGCAAUGAGAAGGGUGAGCUGAUGGGUCAGGUUAUAGUAUAUGGGGUUCCAUCAGGCUGGUGGCCAGUCACUGGUGGGGUUCCUUAGGGCUCCAUUUUAGGGUCAGUUCUCUGACACUAAGGCAGCCUGCUGGCCAUGUUGGUAGUCAGGGCACACUGUUUGCUUGUGGCCAACUUAGUGCCCAUCAGGACAGCUUGUUGUUCACAUCAGCUUAGUGGACAUGGUGUCGGGACAAAAUUCAGUGACUUAAAGAAGACAGAUGAGAAGGGACAGGUAGUUCUGGCAAGACUACCUGAUGUAAGAUGCUGAUGUGAAACUAAACGGGAGAAAAUGGCACUUGGGAGGAGGGUAGGAGGGAGCACAGCGGGUGCUGCUCCCACAGAGCCAUGUCUGCUGGUAACAGGUUAACACAGGCCAUGGCCAGCAGGAGCAUCACUUCCUCUGUUGGAUCCGUCCCCUGCUCGGAAAGGGCUCUGGGGUGAGGGGGAUGGGGAAGUCCUUCCUCCUGUGCCCAUGGGGUGUGCAUGUCACCCAUCCGUGCUGGGCACUGGGAGCAGUGGGGUGGAACCAGCAGCACACGUGGUGGGCUGAGGUGUGUCUGUGUCAGAGCCCAGGGCACGUGGCUGAGACAAGACCAUAGAUGGAAUCAAGCAGCAGAGCGAGGGGAUAAAACUGGGCUGAAGCUCACUUUGGGAACCCAAGCAGAGGGUGAGCCUCAGCGUGAAAAGGAACUGCUUGCGCUGGUGCUGGGAGGAUGCAGCCUCCACCCCUCCACCGCACGUGAUUUGGAUGCUGGAGGUCUUCUGGAGCAGUGGCCAAAGAAGGAGCCAUGAGCAUCCUGGUGGUGAAGGGCAUCCUGCCCCUGCUGCUCCUUGCCUGGCCGUCUGCUGGACUCACUCACCAGUGCAUGACUUCUGUGUCCUUCGGGUCAGAUCUCACCCUUCACUGUCUGCCAAAAAGCCGUGACAACAGGUUGGUGUGGUGUAACACCUUAAAGAAGAUGGCAGAGAAAGGCACAGGGACUCAUCUACAUGGGGAAAAUGGUUCUUCCAACCUCACCUUUACAAUUGUGAAUGAAAAGCAUGCUGGAAAUUACACGUGCAAGAUGGAGACCUCAUGCUAUGAGGAUACUAAAAAGAAGUGCCCAUGCAAGAACAAGGCCACAGGGAACCUCCUGUGCGAGUUCGUGGUCUGGUCAGAGAAUAAGACCAUGCACGUGAGGUGGUGUCCAGAGCCUCCCAGUGACUCCUCGGAGGACAGCAAGGCAUGUGACAGCAAGUCUUUUGGCAGCAUGAAUGCAGCCUGCACAGAGCCCACUACGUGUGCCGUGUCAAGCACAAACUUCAGAGGCACUGAAAAUGCCACCCAAGGGAUGGUUCCCAGCUCUGACCCCGGGAUUUCUCCGACCCGUGAGCCUCAGACCCGGGAAGGUCUCAUGGCAAUCAUCUACCUGUAUGCCAUCCCGGGAUUAGUGGUUGUGACUCUUUUCUUCCUGCUUUGUAUGUUGGUGUGCCUGUGCAGAAGAAACCAAAGGAAAGCUAAAGGAACUCUUGAAAGCAUGCAUGCAGCAGAGACGAAUCAGCUCAGCACGCCUCUCCCAGCACCUCCGACCGAGGACAUGACGUAUGCAAAGCUGAUCUUUGAGAGCACAGGAGCAAUACCUGCAGCCUCGGAAGUGGUGUACGCAGAAAUAAAACCACUGCAAAAGAAGUAGAGAGCUGAGGAUCUGCAGCAGGAAGAGUGAGAAAGGAGAGAAAGCAGCUGGUGACGUGGCUGCCACAGCUAUGAUCCUUGAAAACCAGGCAUUAGCUCUUAUUGAGUGCUUUGGGUGAUGGAUAUGCUGGUAGAGCCCUGGAGCAGUGUUCUUCAUUUCCUCACUGUGUCCAGAUCCAGCAUCUGCUGUGAUGGAUUUGGCUCUGCUCUGAUUCACACACUUGAAACAUGACAAGCAAAGGUAUAAAGGCAUCGUUUGCUGUGGAGAAGUGCAGCAUGGAUACAUCCAGAGCAAACCAGUGACCGGCCGCCAGCCUGAUGGAACCACAUUCACCCCCUGAGCCUGACAAGUCAGCCAGUUGCUCACCUGUAAUGUUAUAUUUUUUUGCUAGCUCUAUGCUGGACAUUUUGUCUGGAAGGAAACAGUGUCCAAAGCCUUACUGAAACCCAAAAAAGUUAACACUGACUGGUUUCACUUGAUCAACCAGAUAGGUAGCCUUGUUGUAUGAGGAAAUCAAGUUAAUCCAACAGGACCUAUGUAAUAUAUAUGUGUGUGUGUGUGUAUAUAAAAUAUCUUUUCUUUCUCCCUUUUUUCUUAGUAAAUAGUUGAUAUCUCAAUCCACAAGCUCUACUUUGUUUGCUGUGUUUUUUAUCACCUCUGGGUGUUGGAGGAAGGUUAUCAUUUUGCUGUGCUGUGUGGCCCUGGCUUACAACACGCUGAAACUGCUGGCUGGGACAGCAAUCAGGUGUUUGUGCUCUGCACUGCAGCCAUCCUCGUGCUUUGGGAGCCACACUGUGGAGUAAG